AUGAGAGGCUUGGUCUCGGCCAUGAACUUGUUCAACACCGGAGUCGCAUACGCCAUCGGCUUGGCCUGCUCUUCAGUCAUUCGCGAUCCUUACCUCACUUGGGAUUUUGGUGGUGUCGCUAUUGCUGGUGCUAUCCUGACUGUCGUCUUUUAUGUCUUGUUCCGACAUAUCGACAAGGAGGAAUACACGCUUAAUGAUGCCGAGGAGAACGCUGUGUCAAGGAAGCUUUCGGUUAACCCAAAUGACCCUGUGAUGUCAAUGGAUCCGGAGAAGACGAUCUCGACGAUCUAA